AUGGUGAACAAGAGAAAAGUAAGAGAGUGUGAAAGAAGGGAAGAGAACAGUGAAGAAGAAAACACCGAACUGAUACAGAUAAGUGAGGAGGCAGCAUCAGUAGCCGCUGCUCUCCUAAGAGUUCGAAGAGCGAAAAACCGUUUCAUUGGGGUGAGGCAAAGACCUUCAGGAAGAUGGGUGGCUGAGAUCAAAGACACCAUACAGAACAUAAGAGUAUGGUUGGGGACUUACGAUACUGGUGAAGAAGCUGCCAGGGCUUAUGAUGAGGCUGCGCGUUUGCUUCGUGGUGCAAACACCCGCACAAAUUUCUUUCUUUGUCAAUCUUCUCAUUAUGUUCCUGCUCUUCCCCCAAAGAUUGUCAAACUCCUGCUUCUUAGGCUCAAAGCCAGAAACAUUGCCUCUUCUUGUGUUCCUACGAGUAAUACUACUUCUUUUCCUACUAACCACUAUGAUGAGCAAGAAACCAACGCAGCACCUGAACCACAUAUUUUUCACCAAAUAGAAGAAAACUUUCUAGAAAGUUACAGUGGUGCUUGUUAUGGUUCUACUAUUGACUGUGGCAGUGGGAUUAGUGAAGAAGAUUUUAACCAAGAGGGUGGCCGAGAGGAUUUCAGAUCGGGGUAUCAUUAUGCUAACAGUGUUGAUGAUGGUGGAAACAACCAGAUUGUGGGGUGUAAUGAAGAAUUUGAAGACUCUGAUGCUGGCGUCAUUGACUUCCAGUUUCUGGAUACUGUUGGAUCAUUAAGCCACUCUUACUCUUCUCCAUUUGAGAUAGCAGAGGAGAUGGUGGGGCCAAUGGUGGAAGAGAAAUUUGAUGUGGAUGAUUCACUGUUACUUAGAGAGACUUUUAGAAUGAAGUAUGAACGUAAAUUCUCAGCUUGUCUUUACACCUUGAUUGGGGUGUCUGAGUGUUUGCGACUACAAGUUGGAGAAGAAAAUGGAAAUGAAAUAUGA